CAGACCAGUUUUCUUCUCACCUCCCGCAUGGAUUUUCGACUUUUUCCUCGACGUUCCUCCUAUACUUCUCUCUCCCACCAGUCUUCCUCCCUCUUACAUCUCUUAUCACAACUCACACUACCUAUCACUUAGAGCUUCCCCAAUCAUACGCUUACCUCCUUACCAUACCUCACACUGUCAUGUCUUUCUCUACACCUCGCAGGGACAGCUUGCUCACUCAGCUUGCUGCCAACGCAGAUACUUUUCUCCCAGAUUCUAUACCUGACUCCUGUUCCGAAGCUUCCGACAAUGACGUGGUUGCUAUCUCACCACCCACUUCUCACAAAGCUUCGUUCUCCAAUAAGGAGAACGGUUUUGUUCCCACUUCCCUCAGAACUGGUCCUUCCGGGUCCAGAACCAUCCCUACUGUCGAAGCCACCGUGGGUAGAGGUGGCAAGGUCAUGUACACUGUUGCCAGAGAUGAAGAAGGUGUGGAGUUCUUCGCAGUGCAGUGGCGCAAGCCGCAAACGAAAAAGGUGAAGACUUGGGACGGUGAUGCCUUUCUUAAAGUCACAGGUAACCGAGUACAGAUGGUAGAUGACAAAGGCGAUGUUAUGGCAUCUGGAUCAUUCAAAGGUCCUCCUAUGGUACAAGGCUGCGAGCUUCGGGUCGGUCAAUACGAGACAGAAGUUGAUCGAUCCAUCUCCGCUGAAGAGUUCAAAGCCGAAACGUCCAUACUCAACAAGAGACUCUUGACCCCCAGCUCCAUAAUACGAAACCCCGCCACUAUGACUAGUCACUUCAAGGCUCCCUUACAGUUCAAGGUCCCUCGUCCGAAGACCGAGUAUCUCCCAGCCAGGACGAAUUCAGGGAUUGACUCCCCUCUUGCUGUCGCAGGACCUUCACGAUCUCACACAGCUGUUCCAUCCACGACAGUCCCUGUUGGGAAGACAGUGUCUGCCGCGAGCUUCUACGCCUCAAAGCCUAAAGUGGAGAAGAUAGUCAUCGGCGAAAAGAGCAACAAGGAGCGUCUGGCAUGGGGUGGUGCUCUACAUGAUCCAGGUGCUCCAGGAGCGGUUGUCAUGCCCCGACCACCUGAUCUAUGGGUGAAGCUGAACCACAGUCGGACGGAGAUCAUCGAUGUGGUCCUUGAUCCUCUGCUCACUUCCAUCAUGCGUCCUCACCAGCAUGAAGGUGUCAAGGCGAGUCGAAGAUACACAGGCAGGUACCUAGCUAACCGGCAGUUUAUGUAUAAGUGUGUCAUGGGGAUGAGCGGAGCGGAAGCCGAAGGUUGUAUCCUGGCCGAUGAGAUGGGUCUAGGGAAGACUCUCCAGACUAUCGGCCUCAUCUAUACAAUGCUCAAGCAAUCUCCAUUCGCCAAUCAAGGACAUAUCGCACAAAAGAUCUUGAUCGUUUGUCCUGUCACUCUGGUGAGCAACUGGCGCAAAGAGUUCAAGAAAUGGUUGCAAAACAAGGUCGGUGUGGUCGCAGCGGACGGGAGCGAUUGGCAGAUAUCCAAUUUCUUGCGCAAAGUCAUUAAACAGCUCGCGUCUUGUCAGCCGCCUAUCGAAUUGAUCGUAUGCGACGAAGGACACAGAUUGAAGUCAAAGGAUAACAAGACGACGAAGAUGUUUGAAGCUCUGAGAACCUCUCGGAGGAUCAUCCUGUCUGGUACGCCUGUGCAGAACGAUCUCGGAGAAUACUGGGCGAUGGUCAACUUCACGUGUCCCGGUAUAUUGGGCACUUACCCUUCUUUCAACAAGCGUUAUGAAAAGAAGAUCCUCCGUUCACGUAUGCCUGGUGCUUCGAAAGCCGAAGUUGAGAAUGGAAUGGAGCAAGCUGCGGAGCUGUCCAAACUCUCUGAGAAAUUUGUGUUGCGUCGAACAGCCGACGUCCUCUCCAACUAUCUUCCUCCACGUCAUGAUUAUGUCAUCUUCGUUGCACCGGCGACACUCCAGUUGGAGGUGUUUUCCAGACUACUGAACCCUAGUCUGCUUGGCAAUUUCUUGCGAGCAGGAUCCGGAAUGAUGUCUUUGGCAUUGAUUGACUCCCUUCGUAAAGUGUCAAACUCUCCUUCGCUUCUCAGGAAGAAGGACGAGGAGAGCAUCCCUUUAGACGAGAUCGGCACUGGUCGUGAAGAGGCCUUGAAAAUCAUACCCAAGGAUACCUCUGUCGUCGAUCUUGACAGCAGUGGAAAACUAAUCGUUCUCGUCCGUCUCUUGCAAUCACUCAGGGGCGCGAGCGGCGAGAAGGUUGUCGUUGUGUCCAACUGGACUAGCACCCUCGACUUCAUCGAAGGCAUGUGUAAAGUCAAGUCAUACUCCUUCCUUCGCCUGGACGGAAAGACACCAACCAAAACGCGUCAAACGCUGGUGGAACAGUUCAACAGAGGUUCACAGCUGGACUCGUUCGUUUUCUUACUCAGUGCCAAGGCUGGAGGUGUGGGGCUCAACUUGAUCGGUGCAUCUCGGUUAGUCCUGUUUGAUAGCGAUUGGAAUCCUUCGACAGACAGGCAGGCGAUGGGCAGGAUUCAUCGCGACGGACAGAAGAAGCCGGUUUACAUCUAUCGCUUCCUCACGGCCUGUACUAUUGAUGAGAAAAUCUACCAGCGGCAAAUCACCAAGGAUGGCCUGUCGGAUCAAAUGCUUGACGGAGGUCAAGCGACAGGACAGACCAAGGAUUCUUUCACCCUUGCGGAGCUUCGUGAUAUAUUCACGCUCAACACCCUGACCGAUGGUUGUCAGACACAUGACCUACUUGGAUGCGACUGCGCCGACAAGACUGCCCCAGCUGACCUGGCCGCUGAUAGCUUGCCAACUCCUGAUAGCUUGUCAGAUGAUGAAGAUGAGCUCGAGUCAAGGCCUAAAUUUGUCUCGGCAGCACAGUAUGAUCCCGCUCCGACCCCAAAGAUGAUCAAGAAGGCUGCCGAAGAGAAGAAAGAAAAGCUCGCCGCCCUGAAGAAAUGGACCCACAUCGACGCGUACGACAAGCAAUCUUUCCGUGAUAUCGCCGACACUGUUCUUUACAAUAUGUUAUGGGAGGAUUGGGAUAAUGACGAUGCCGGCCCCUCUUCUUCUCCGUCCGCCCUUCCCUCGCAUACGUCCAACAAGAAGGCUCGUCUCGAAGGUGGUCGAAUCAAGAGAUCUGAAGGCUCGGACUCAGAAGAGUCGACGGGAGGCAAGACGAGGAAGAAUAAAUCCGGGGUCAAAAUUGAUAUUGGGACAGAGGUGGAGAGGAGACAUGACCUGAGGAAGUUAGCUGAUAAUGGGCAAGGGGGCAGGGUGUUGUAUGUGUUUGAGAAGGUCAAGAAGUCCAAGAUGCUUCAGCGGGAGGAGGAGGAGGACUAAGAGGGGGAAUAUCAUGUCACAUUUUAAUCGCAAUGCAUCGCAUAUCAUAAUG